GGGGAAGAAAAGAGAGAAAAUGCGAGGACCGAAGAAAAGAAAGUGACAGAGGACGAAGCUUCAUCAUCUCAUGCACAUGGCGGAAGCAGCCAUUCCUCUCCCUCCAUUCAUUGAGCUCAGAUAACGCUUUCUCUCUCUCGUUUUUUAUCUGCGCUGAGUGUACCGACAAGUAAUGCUGCUUCCAGCGUGAAGAAGCUCCGGCGACGAGCACCGUGCAGACGACAAUUACAAGUCAUUUCGUCUUCGAGCCUCAGCUUCGGAACACCAUCGACCGGCCGAGAGAGAUCCGCUUGGGGAUAAGGCAAUGGGGAGCACGGAGGAGGAGGUCGUCGCCGUCAUCAUGGUCGGCGGUCCCACUAAAGGGACUCGGUUCCGGCCGCUCUCUCUGAACAUUCCGAAGCCGCUGUUCCCCUUAGCUGGCCAGCCGAUGGUUCAUCAUCCAAUUUCUGCUUGUAAAAGGAUCCCAAACCUUGCUCGGAUCUUUCUGAUCGGGUUCUACGAGGAGCGGGAGUUCGCGCUGUAUGUGUCUGCUAUCUCGAAUGAGCUUAAAGUGCCUGUCAGGUAUUUGAAGGAAGACAAGCCACAUGGUUCGGCCGGUGGGCUUUAUAACUUCAGAGAUCUGAUUAUGGAAGAUAGCCCGUCCCAUAUCUUCUUGCUGAACUGUGAUGUCUGCUGCAGCUUCCCACUGCCAGAAAUGCUUGAGGCUCAUAGAAGAUAUGGUGGUAUUGGAACCCUCCUAGUUAUUAAGGUUUCUGCAGAGUCAGCCAACCAAUUUGGUGAACUGGUCGCUGAUCCAGUCACCAACGAACUAUUGCAUUACACCGAGAAACCUGAAACAUUUGUGAGUGACCGCAUUAAUUGUGGUGUGUAUGUCUUCACACCAGAUAUUUUUACUGCCAUCCGAAAUGUUUCCACUCAACGGAAGGACAGAGCUAACUUGAGAAGAGUAUCCAGCUUUGAGGCAUUGCAGCCUGCUACGAGGAGCCUGCCCACAGAUUUCGUACGACUUGAUCAAGAUAUUUUGUCGCCUUUAGCGGGGAAAAAGCAGUUGUACACAUAUGAGACCAUGGAUUUCUGGGAACAGAUUAAGACUCCUGGAAUGUCCUUAAAAUGUUCAGGUUUAUAUCUUUCCCAGUUCAGACAUACCUCCCCAAAUAUAUUAGCAAGUGGAGAUGGCACAAAGGCUCCUACCAUUUCUGGUGAUGUUUAUAUUCAUCCAUCAGCGAAAAUACAUCCAACGGCUAAGAUUGGACCCAAUGUCUCAAUAUCUGCAAAUGCACGUAUAGGAGCUGGUGCAAGGCUUAUCAGUUGCAUCAUUCUGGAUGAUGUUGAAGUUAAGGAAAAUGCCGUUGUUAUUCAUUCAAUCGUUGGGUGGAAAUCCUCCGUAGGAACAUGGUCCCGUGUCCAGGGUCAAGGAGACUACAAUGCGAAACUCGGCAUCACGAUUCUUGGGGAGGCGGUGACAGUUGAGGACGAGGUGGUUGUGAUCAACAGCAUUGUCCUCCCGAACAAGACUCUCAAUGUCAGCGUCCAGGAGGAGAUAAUCCUAUAGUAACUCUGGCUUCUCUCUCGCCCAUGAGUAAUGUAUUAUUGCCUUGCCGAUUUUAUGCUGCCGAGAAGAUAAGAAAUUUGUAAUCUGUACUACUAGUUUAUUAUUUGUUAAAAAUUUGUAAAUUUGAGUUCCCUGUGAUCAUUGGAACAAUUAGAAAUGCAAUAAUGUACUAGGGACAAGGCCGCGCCUCGGUGCGGCAAUCGGUUAUAUUCGUAUCAUUACUUUUUCUCGGUAAGUUUAUUACUA